GAGUCACACCUCACCAGACCUGACCGCGACUCUUCCCAUCGCUGGACCUCCACCAGAGCUACCUACCCACGCCGGCCGCCCCGCCGACUAUACUCCGGCUGCCGCCGCCGUCGCCACCACGCUCCUACCCGAACGCCGCUCCGAGCGCCUCCCCUCCAAACGCGCCGUAUUAACCCCUGCUCUUACAACCGAGGCCUACAGCUGCCGCCGUGCCCGUACCUUAGCGGCGUCACCGCCGACGCCUCAACCCCCCCUCCCUCCCCCCCACCCCACAUCCACCCAUCCACACGAAGCACCACGGCCUCUAAGGCGCGUUGCCUAGCCACCUCCGCCGUUCCCGUUCUUCCUCGUCGGGGCAUCGCGUUCCCGCUGCCCCCACCCCGUCCGCAGUGCUCACCCAUUUCGUCUAGAGGAGAUCGGCAUAUGGCUAGUAGCUCCAAUGGCCAUUGUCCAGCUAAUGGUGCAAAAGUUCUGCCUGGAAGGGGGAAGAAGAAUCAGGAGAAAUUACAGCUUGACAAAGAUGCAGCUUCUAGGGCCUGUCAAAAGGACAGGCAAUACAUUGAGAAAUUGGAAACUGAGCUGAGCAACUGCUAUCAGGAAAUUGACUAUUUGCAGGAUCAGUUAAAUAUCAGGAAUGUUGAAGCAAACAUCAUGGGGGAGCAUAUUCACGGCCUUGAACUGAAACUAACUGAACUUGAGAAAUUUCCUGAAAGAGUGAGAGUUAUGGACAAUGCUCUGAUGCGGUCUGAUUCUCAGUGCUGGCUUCUGAUGGAAGAAGUCCAAAGUAAAGAAGAGGAGCUGCAAAAGGCAGCCUUACAAAUAGAGAAGCUCGAAAGCGUAACUUUGGACAUGCAAUGUGAAAUUGAGAGUUUAAAACUUGAUUUGACUACGCUUGAGCAAAGACUUUUUGAUGCUGAGAGCUUUAGCCAGCAUACUGCCGAGUACAAAGUUAGAAUAGAGAAGCAACUGGGAGAACAUGAGCUCCAGCUGCAAGAGGCAUGGAAGACUAUUGAUCAUCUUGAGGGUGAGAAUAAACAACUGAAAAAAGAGUACUUGCCUGGAAGAGCUCCUAAACAAUCCUCUUCUACAGGCGUGGAGCAACUUGAUAAAACAGUGGAGCAUGAUGGUCAUGCAAACUAUGAAAGAGGUCAUGAAAUUCUUGAAAAGAUGGGGAAGCAAAAUGAAGAACCUGAACUUAUAAUUGAGCAGCUCAAGGUAGAACUUCGAGAACAAAAACUGAAAGCAAAGGAGGAUGCAGAAGAUCUCACUCAAGAAAUGGCUGAAUUGAGGUACCAGAUAACUGGCAUGCUUGAGGAAGAAUACAAGCGUCGGUCUUGCAUUGAGCAAGCGGCUAUUCAACAAAUUCAGCAGCUGGAGGCUCAGGUCUCCAAAGAGCAAAGGAAAUUGAGCGGAGCACUAAGACAACUGCAGGAAUCGCAUGAGCUAGCUGACACGCAAGCUACGGAGAUUAAGAAACUGAAGGAUGCUUUAGGGAGAUUGAACUCUGCAAUGAACCUCGGGAGGGUUUGCAAAUCUUGCUCUUGCGGGUUCUGUCCAAUGCUGGUAGAGUUGUCUAAUUGCUCGAUUGAAGGGUCGCUUGACCUCAGAUCUUCCGAUGCUAGCAACAUUGACGAAACACCACCGGAGAACCAAGCGCUAGUAGAGUGGCAUCCCGAUGAAGCUUCAGAUGGUGCCGCAGUAAAUAAUGUAGGAUGCUAGAUGCAUAUGCACUCAUGUGGGCAGUUGCUGUAUAUAAUUCUUUGUGCCACUGUUGUUUGUAGAUGCAUUUGUAACCUUAGUGAGCUAUUUUACUUACAGAUUACCACUUGAGUUAAGCUCCAACGGCAGCGCGAAUGUAACUUGUAAAAGCUUCAUAUGUAUCGUCUCAGAUUCAGCCUCAGGACUCACAAGGAUGUUACAUGUAUUAGCAUACACAGAUUUGCCAAAUGAGAAUGUUGUAAGUGGCAUGAGUUUGGUGUGUA